AUGAACUAUCUCACGUCACAUCUGCAACGAGCGCCACCAUGGGACAUCCUAUAUGCGCACGACGUCGUUAUCAUCAGUGAAGAUGUGAAUAACCUACAGCAGAUUUUGGAAAAGUGGAGGGAAGCUCUGGAAACAUCAGGUCUGCAAAUAAGCAGAGAGAAGAUCGAGUACAUGCAUUGCAACUGUAGUGGUAAUGCUUGUACUCGAUCUUCUGCUGCGAUCGGCUGUGUGAUCAACAGCAAACACAUCAUCUGUCUGCAGAACACCCUGUUAAAAGAAGUAAACCAUUUCAAGUACCUAGCAUCAAUCAUCAGUAAAGAGGGGUCAAUAGACACUGAUGUCACCCAUCGUAUAAAUACUGGGUGGAUGAAAUGGAGAGAAAUGUCCGGCGUGCUAUGUGACAGCUGA